AUGGACUCAACAGAAGAAUUCAAACCAAGAGUGACAGAAAGUGAUCUGGAUCAUGAGGGUUCACUUGCAAAUGAAAAAAACUUAUCUUCACCAUACGAAAGUAACGAUGCAUCGAAAGUCCAUUCAUUUGUAGGAAUGACUGGUUCAAAGUUAAAUUACGCGAUUUCAAUAUUUGCAGGCGUUGGAUUUCUUUUAUUUGGUUAUGAUCAAGGAGUUUAUGGAAGUUUAUUAGCAUUGGAAUCGUUUGAAAAACAAUUCCCAAGUAUAAAAGCAUCGAAUAACAGUACUUUACAAGGAGCAGUUAUCGGAGUCUAUGAAUUAGGUUGUUUAGUAAGUGCUGUUUCAACUGUUUAUCUUGGUGACAAAUUGGGUAGAUUAAAAUGUAUGUUUUUGGGUUGUUUUAUAGUUUUGAUUGGAGCAGCCUUACAAGCUUCAGCGUUUACUGUUGUUCAUUUAGCAAUAGCUAGAGUUGUUACUGGAUUUGGAACUGGUUAUUUAACUUCUACUGUUCCAGUCUGGCAAGCAGAAUUAAGUAAAGCAAAAUCAAGAGGUAAAUUAAUAAUGAUGGAAGGUAGUUUGAUUGCGUUGGGGAUCGCAAUUUCAUAUUGGAUUGAUUUUGGAUUUUAUUUUAUUGAUGCUAAUACGAACGAUACAAGAGGAAUAUCUUGGAGAUUGCCAGUUGCUUUUCAAAUGAUUUUCCCUAUCAUGUUAUUACCAGUUUUAUUUAAACUUCCUGAAUCACCACGUUGGUUAAUGACUCAAGGUAGAGUUCAAGAGGCGAGGGGUGUAUUCAGUGCUUUAUUCAAUUUGCCAGAAGGAGACGAAAAAAUCACUGAUCAAUUAACUGAGAUUCAAAGUGCAUUAGAUUUAGAGAAGACAUCAAAAGAAUCUUUUGGUUUUACCGAUUUUUUCAAACAAGGGCCAGCUAGAACUUUCCAUAGAUUAAGUUUAGGUUGUUGGGCUCAAAUCUUUCAACAAAUCUCAGGUAUUAAUUUGAUUACUUACUAUGCGGGAACUAUCUUUCAAAAUUAUAUUGGAAUGUCUCCAUUCAAUGCGAGAAUUUUAGCUGCUUGCAAUGGUACUGAAUAUUUUUUGGCUUCAUUAUUUGGAAUUUAUUUUAUUGAGAGGCUUGGUAGACGUCCUCUCUUGUUCUGGGGAGCGAUAGGUCAAGCAUUGGUAAUGAUGGCUUUAACUAUAGCAGGUUGGAAAGCUCAACAGGCUAAAGAUCAAGGUAGAUCAGGUACUUCUGCGGGAAUUGCCGCAGCCUUUUUUCUAUUUGCUUUCAACAGUGUAUUUCUGGUCCUGUAUUUAGGUGGGACAUGGCUCAUACCAAGUGAAAUAGGAUCAAUUCAAUCAAGAUCUGCAAUUGCAGCCUUGUCAACAGCUUGUAAUUGGGGUUUUAAUUUUAUGGUGGUAAUGAUAACACCUAUUGCAUUUGAGUCAAUCAACUAUUACACAUACACUAUCUUUGCAGUUAUAAAUGCCUUGAUGGCACCAGCUGUAUACAUCUUUUUUGUCGAGACGAAAGGUAGAAGCUUGGAGGAACUCGAUUUUAUAUUUAACCAAUGUCCAGUUUUUGAACCUUGGAAAGUUGUGUCAAUUGAAAAACACACACCUAAAAGAACUUAUGCAGAAGACGAUGUAAACGAUAUUGAAAAAGUUAAAGUUGAACACAUAGACAACUUAAGUUCCGAUAGCUUGAUUGCUAGGUAA